UAAUCCCCCUCACUCCCGCUCAGUCUCCCGGUGUCGCGACCUGCCGGCGACACAGCUUGGUCCGCGAUGGUGAAUGUGUGCAACGGGAGGUGACGUAUGAAUGUGAGAUUGUAGUCUCACGUGUGGAUACGGGAACCAGCCCAAUCAAAGAACCUAUCAAUGGCCAAGCCCACCUAUCCGACACCUUUUGUGAGUUAGAGAACCCAGUGGAUCAGAACCAGUCUACUUUAAUAACCAUGGAGGACAACGAACCCAAAACAGCUACGCCUGAACCGAGUCCUGUACACACACCAAUACCCAGUCCAGUCCCCAGCCCAGGACUGGACAGAAUUGCAGUUCCUGCGGCUAAUCAUGUAGAGCACCUGAAUGUGAACCAGAUCCAGGUUGUGGUCCGGCGGUGCUCCAGCCCAAAUGUCACAGAAGAAACCACCUACUUCAUUCCUCGCAACCCUGUGGUGGAUGCUGGCACCAAUACAGACCCACCAAUUGUAUGUUGCCCUCUGCUUCGCAGAUUUUGCCCUUGCCCACCGAGAGGUCUCCUGGCCUCUCUCAUCACCAAAGUCCUUCUAGCUGUGGUGCUGUUUGGAGUUGUAUGGUCCAUCACUGAGGAACAAUGUCUCCCGGGUGGGAACCUUUUCGGCGUCACUGUGCUCUUCAUUUGUGCUGUUACUGGUGGCAAACUAGUGGCUCUCAUACGCCUCCCCAAUCUUCCACCAUUUCCCCCACUCCUUGGCAUGCUGUUGAUGGGAUUCUUGCUGAGGAACAUCCCUGUGAUAACAGAUGCUGUGUAUAUUGACUUCAGGUGGUCGGCAUCCCUGAGGAACAUUGCACUGGCUGUCAUUCUGGCCAGAGCUGGUCUGGGAUUGGAUGCUUCGGCUCUGAAGAAAUUAAAAACCGUGUGCGUCCGUGUGGCUAUGGGGCCUUGCCUGAUAGAAGCCUCCACCAUAGCCCUGGUCUCUCAUUUCCUCAUGGGCCUGCCUUGGGUGUGGGGCUUCAUCCUAGGCUUUGUACUCGGUGCUGUGUCUCCAGCGGUGGUGGUUCCUUCCAUGCUGCUGCUGCAGAAGGAUGGUUAUGGUUUGGAGCAAGGCAUUCCCACUCUUCUGAUGGCUGCUGGUAGCUUUGAUGACAUCCUUGCUAUCACUGGCUUCACAACAUGCCUGGGCAUGGCCUUUGCCACAGGCUCAACAUGGUACAACCUGCUGAGAGGUUUACUGGAGGUGGCAGGCGGCAUGGUGGCUGGGAUACUUCUUGGUUUCCUUAUCCAGUAUUUCCCUAGUGUUGACCAGAAACACCUGGUGAUGAAGCGUUCGUUUUUGGUGCUGGGCCUUUCUGUGUUUGCUGUGUUUGGCAGUGGUGUGGCAGGGUUUCCUGGUUCUGGAGGCCUCUGCACCCUAGUGUUGUCUUUCCUGGCUGGCCUGGGCUGGGGAAAAGACAAGGCACAAGUGGAGGAAGUAGUGGGGAGGGCAUGGGAUGUGUUCCAGCCUCUGCUCUUUGGCCUGAUUGGCGCAGAGAUCAGAAUUGCACACCUGGAAGGAUCCACAGUUGGUCUGGGUAUUGCUUCUCUGUUCAUCGCCCUGCUAGUGCGAGUUCUCUUUACAUUCGUUUGUGUGCUCUGUGCAGGCUUCAACUUCAAGGAGAAAGUGUUUAUUGCCCUGGCAUGGGUGCCCAAAGCGACUGUGCAAGCAGCUAUAGGUUCAACUGCUUUGGAUAUGGCCAGGACAAAAGAGGAUAAGGAUCUGGAGAGGUAUGGCAUGGAUGUGCUGACUGUGGCUGUGCUGGCCAUCCUCCUUACAGCCCCCGUAGGAGCCCUUAUCAUAGGCCUUUCUGGACCUCGCCUGCUGCAGAAACCAAAGAGCGCAGCCUGGGGCACAACAGCAGGAGCUGAAGGUGACAGUGAAACCCCUGUCACUUAUGAAAGCACCCUAUGAAACCAUGCUGUCUUCAUUCACCGAAUGAAGACAUUAUCCAAGGGACUGGGACUGCACAUUUCCAUGUUUUUUACUGUCUUGAUUACCAGGCUUCCCCCUGGCCACCUAGGGGUUUUCCAUGUCUCAAGCUAUCAGUCCUUUCUUGGCUGCUGAAAUCCUGCAGCAACUACCGAAUCACUAAUAUAGCCCCUGGUGGUUUCUAGGCCACAGGCUUCAGAUACCCCAUACCCAGGGCUCGAAAUUAACGAUGUCCCGGGGACCAUAAAAAAUCCUACUGGGGCACAAAUAUAUUUUGUCUGGGACAAUUCUGGGACAGUGGAAAAAAAUGUCAAAGUAAACUUCGAAAUAGGUGUUAUUUGCAAAGUCAUUAAUUAUGAGUAUCUAGACGUUAUUUUGUCGUUUGAAUAAUUUAAUAAAAACGUGUGAACGGCGAAACUACAGAAGGCUUACGUUCUUGCGGCACCUCACGAUAGGGCAGUCAAUCGCCUGUUCGUGCAAAUCAUAGAAUGCAUUCUACGUCAUCCACUCUGCCAGUGGCUGCUGCUUGACUCGUGCCAAUGCAACAUUCAUAGAGCCAGAGCGAUAGACCAUCAUCAACGACAGUUAAAAGAAGAAGAAGAAAGAAAUGCUGAGGUGGUUGGAUAAACAGCCCCCUGAUGCAAGCCCCAACACUGCCAACUCCCGAAACGACUGCCGACUCCCGAAACUAAUAUUCAUAUGUUUAAUAAAAGAAUAAGUAUUUUAAACUUAUAUGGUGGACCAGAGUCCAUGGUGUGACGAUUAAGUGACAAAAAAGGAUCAAAUUAUAUGUAUUCUGCAUAAUUGGGGGGGGGGGGGGGCGACGACGAGAA